AUGACAGUUGAUGCUACGAAUUGGUUUGAACCACUCCCAAUUGCUGAUUUUCAAUACAUUAACAAGCUGACCGGCGAAAAUGUGCCUAAGGAAUUGCCGAUUGGAGAACCGAUUGGAGGAUUAGACAUUAGAUGUGGACCUAUUUUGAAAUUAGUCGGCACAUUGGAGGAAAACACUAAGAACUACAGAGCCACUAUCUUGCUUGUUACAAAAGUUGAGAGCAAUGAUGCCGUGCAACCAAAGAUUACGUAUCAAAUUGGGCCAGCUGUGGAUGAGGGAAGCAAGCCCACCUUAACAGUAGGGGAAUUUCCAGGAACUAAUUUCUUUACGGAGGACGGAUUUCAAUUCUGGAGAUUUAAUGUUGAUUUGACAUUGGUCGAUUACGAACAAAAGAUCAAGUAUUUUAUCAAUGAUUGUUACAAACAGUCAUACCAGUUUUUCGUCCCAUCGCUCGAGCAGUCUAUGAAUGUGAUUUCCUAUUCAUGUAAUGGGUUUUCUUUGGGUUGCGAUCCAAAGGAGUACAAGUCAUCACUUUGGUUUGAUGUCUUGCAAAAACAUGCUAAACAACAUUACCAUGUCAUGUUAGGAGGAGGGGACCAGAUCUACUCUGAUUCUAUUAAAUUGCAUUCCAAGAACUUGCAAAAAUGGUUCAGCGAAAGAAAUCCUAUGAAGAAGAGAAUGAUGAAGGUGGAUGAUCAAACUAUUCGUGAUUUUGAAAACUACUACUUGAACCACUAUAUGGCGUGGUUUGGUAAAGGUUUCUGGGAAGGUUCGAAUGGUAGAACAUACCAAGCCUUAUUUCCUAUGUCCAUGUCUCAAAUUCCUUCUGUGAAUAUCUAUGAUGACCAUGAUAUCAUAGAUGGUUUUGGAUCGUACCAUAAUUCUACUAUGUCUCAAGACUAUUUUAAGACUGUUGGUAACGUUGCAUACAAAUAUUACAUGUUAUUCCAACACCAUAUGUCACCCCAUGAGAAUAUUCAUAAUUCACCUAAAGCUGAGCCUUCCUGGAUUUUGUCUGAUACCUCAGGUCCUUACAUUAAUCAGAAAAACCAUUCGAACUACGUUAGAUUAGGUAAGGAAAUUAGUUUGCUUGGUUUGGAUUGUAGAACUGAAAGAAAAUUAAAUGAAAUUGUCAAACCUGAUACGUAUAAGAAGGUAUUUGAACGUUUAAAGAACGAAUUCAAGAAUGCGCCUGAGGUUAAGCAUUUGUUAGUCAUGUUAGGUGUGCCUAUUCUUUACCCUCGUUUAGUCUGGUUAGAAUGGAUGUUAAGUUCGCCUGUUUUGAAACCAAUUAAGGCAUUAGCAGCGAAGGGCGUUAUUAGCAAGGGGUUGGUAAAUGAAUUUGAUGGCGGGGUUGAAGUAUUAGAUGAUUUAAACGAUCACUGGUGUUCUGCAAACCACAAGCGUGAAAGAAAUUAUUUGGUUAAAAAGUUGGUUGAUUUUGGUGCGUCACAUGGUGUCAGAGUCACUAUAUUAUCGGGUGAUGUUCACUUGUGUUGUAUCGGUAGAUUAAAGUCUAAGAUCCACACUUAUCCAAACUUCCAUGUUUUAACCGAUUACCCUGAGGACAUCGAAAAAGAAAAUAUUGAUGUCCUUAAGCACCCAGAAUUAGAUCCAAGGUUAAUUUUCAAUGUUACGUCUUCGGCAAUUAUUAAUGCUCCUCCACCAGAUGCGAUGGCUACAUUGUUGAAAAAGAGAUCAAAAAUUCAUCAUUUCAAUAGAAACGCAGAUGAAGAUGUUGUUCCCCUCUUCCUUCAAGACCCAGAUGGAAAGCCUAGAGAAAAUCAUCUUUUCUUAAAUAAGCGUAAUUGGGCUGAUUUAAUCAUUGCAAAACAAUCGAUCUACAAAGAAGAAGUUGAUACAGAUAUUCGUAAAUUCCCUGCUCCUAUCUCAGAUGCUAUUCAGGAUACAUUGAAAAACAAACAAAUCGAUUCUACUCAUGCUAAAUAUCCUUUGAACUCGGAUUCAUUGGUGACAACAUUACAUGUUGAAGAUGAUCCAAAUGAUUUUGAAUGUAAGACUGCAGGCUACGAAGUGUUAAUUCCAAGAUUAUCUUCCAAAUUCAAAUUAGAUAAGGUUGAUAUCAAGCACUUAAAUUAA